AUGACUAUCGAAGAACGGGUUGCCGCCACUGAUCCUCAGAAGAUCUUCCACUACACCGAUCUUCAGCGGUCAAAACCUACUCGCGCCAAUGAUCCCUACGAAUAUUUCGCAGGAUGGAACAAUAGACACCAGUCCGAGGUGAUUCCCGGAGCUCUGCCUAUUGCACAGAACAACCCUCAAGACCGAGGCUUCGGCCUUUACACCGAGGGUCUGACGUCGUCCUUUUUUGCGGCCCCUCGACAUGCCAACCAGAAUACCUACAUGUAUCGUGCCAGGCCAUCGGCAGCGCAUUCUGGUUACGUUGACCUAGAAACGAGGUCAAACAUCGAGAACUGCUUCUUGUCUCUGAACACCAAGGUCGAAACGAUCCCGGCACAAGCAGAAUGGAAACCCUUUCCCCUGCCUGCUGCCGAUGACCAGAUCGACUUUACCGAUGGACUGCAGACACUAGCCGGCAGCGGUGACCCGAACCUGCGUGAGGGUGUCGCCCUCUACGUCUAUGCCUUCAACAAAAACAUGCCCGGCAAGGCUUACUGCAACAUCGACGGCGAUUUCCUUCUUGUAGCCCAGCUCGGAAACCUCGAAAUCCAAACGGAAAUGGGAAGGCUCUUCCUUCAACCCGGAGAGAUCUGUGUCAUCCAGAGGGGCAUCCGCUUCCGCAUUGACUUGGCUGCCGAUGUUCCUGUCGCGCGCGGCUUCAUCGUUGAGGUCUGGGGCUCAACUUGGGAGCUGCCGGACCUGGGCCCCAUUGGAGGCUACGGCCUGGCCAACGCGCGCGACUUCCUGUAUCCGAAAGCUCACAUUGACGAAGACCUUCAUCGCGACUUCACCAUCGUAGUGAAGAACAAUGGAAAGCAUGUCGGCAUCAAGCAGAACCACAGCCCCUUUGAUGUGGUUGCGUGGCACGGUAAUUCGGUGCCUUACAAGUACGAUCUUACAAAGUUUGUGUCGCAAAACGCCACGUCAGUCGACCAUACCGAUCCCUCCAUCAAUACUGUUCUCAGUGCCAAGUCGAGGGACCCUAACACUUCCCUUGUUGACUUCCUGUGGUUCGGCCCUCGCUGGGACGUUGCAUCGAACUCGUUCCGCCCGCCGUAUUUCCAUCGCAACUCCGCCUCGGAGUUCCUGACCUGCCUUUAUGGCAACGGUUUGGGCCGGUCGAAUGACUUCCAGCCAGGCGGCGGCAGUUACGAGGGCGGCCACACACCUCACGGAGGCUUUGAUGAACGCUACAUCGAGGAACACAAGGUGCAGACGAACCAGCCUAGACGUAUCUUGGAAGCAGUUGUAGAGCAAAUGACUGUCAUGGUGGAAACCAGCAGGACUCUCCUCUUCACUGAAUGGGCCCGCAAGGAUAGUGGUGUCCUUGAGGCCGAGGGAACGGAUGCCAGCGCAUGGGAUAAUCUACCAGACCGAUUCUCCACCAACCCCAGGAUCCAGGAACUCUUGAAGCAGGUGAAGGAAGACGAAGCUGCUGAGCGGGCUCGUCGCGAGUUCUACCACAACGCCAAGUUGCGUGACUAG